GCAGUAAUGCAACGUCCUUUACUACAACAUCCUCGCAUCGUGUCAUCAACAAUGCAAUAAACAAUAACAAAAAAUGUAGUGGUGCUGGUAACAGCAGCAGCAAUGGCAACGGCAACUUUGUUGGCGCCGGCCAAACAAACACAACAAUGACAACAACAACAACAGCAGCAGCAGCAGGAUUGCAGGAGUCACCUACAACGACCCCUUUCACUUCAACACAGCUCUUUCAAUUACUUGCCAUAGUCUGUCUAUGCCUGCUAUGUUAUUACAAUUCCACACAAUGCGGUCUGGUAUUCGAUGAUAUCAGUGCCAUACGAGAUAACAAGGAUUUGCGACCCACCACCCCAUUACGUCAGAUAUUUCUCAAUGAUUUCUGGGGCACCCCAAUGCGCAAGGAGCACUCUCAUAAAUCCUAUCGGCCUCUGACGGUGUUGACAUUUCGCUUCAACUAUUGGCUGCAUGAAUUGCAGCCCUAUGGCUAUCAUGCUGUUAAUGUGCUGCUGCACAUUGCCGUCUGUUUGCUGUGGAAGCGGGCUAGUCGUCUCUUGGUCUGGCAGUGCACUCAACGCGAUACGCUGGCUCAGAGAUGUGCAUUUGUCAGCACUCUGCUAUUUGCUGUACAUCCCAUACACACCGAAGCUGUUACCGGUGUGGUGGGUCGUGCUGAACUGUUAUCCUCGCUCUUCUUUUUGGCUGCAUUUCUCUGCUAUGCCAAAGCGGUUAGCUGUAACGCAAUGGUGAAAUCCAAAGGUAAAACUCAUUGGCCCAUGCUAUGUGUUAACUUCUCUCUAUGCCUGUUGGCCUCGAUGUUGUGCAAGGAGCAGGGCAUUACCAUAGCAGGAAUCUGCAUGGCUUACGAGCUGUUUGUGGUGCAACGCAUACAUCCCUUGCAGCUGUGGCAUACCUUGCUGAAUCUCUUUGAGGAGAGAUCCACUACGUGGUCGUCGCAAACGCCAUCGCCUACAAAUAAGGCUGCCAAAAAUGCACUCUUGGCCAGUUUAAAUUCAACCACCGCCGCUUCAACAUCGUUAACAACUGCAACUACAGCGGGAACGGCAACUGCAUCAGCUGCGGUUAACUCAACAUUUAAUAAUUCAAAUUUAUCCUCCACGAAACAGCUACAUUCCACUCCUGUGGUAUGGACUGCAACUCUGGUGAAACGUUUAACAUUUUUAUUUUGUCUCACCAUCUGUCUGCUGGUGGGACGUGUCUAUGUAAUGGGCUCUCAACUACCUGUCUUCACACGUUUCGAUAAUCCUGCCUCGUCUGCAGAUGCACCCAUACGUCAGCUUACCUACAGCUAUUUGAUUUAUUUGAAUACCUGGCUGCUGUUAUUCCCUUGUGAUUUAUGCUGCGACUGGACUAUGGGAACCGUUCCCUUGAUUGAGAGCUUUUGUGAUUGGCGUAAUGUCUCGACAUUGGCCACAUUUGGUGCCCUGGCGGCCUUGGUUGUUAAGGCUUGUCGUAGCCAAAGUCUGCAGCAUUCGCGUGUGUUGAUAAUGUGUUUGGCCUGGGCCGUACUGCCCUUUUUGCCUGCCUCCAAUCUCUUCUUUCCCGUGGGUUUUGUUGUAGCCGAACGUAUUCUUUAUAUGCCCUCAAUGGGUUUUUGCCUUUUGAUUGCUUAUGGCUAUGAAAAAAUCCAGGAACAUCUAAGCAACACCCAUGGAGCUUCCAAAUGGUACCAGCAUUUCCUUAGAUUUGCCUUUUUGCUAUUGCUGGCCUCGCAUUCCCUGAAAACAUAUCAACGCAACAAGGAUUGGAUAAAUGAAUACACCCUGUUCAUGAGUGGAGUGCAUGUCAACGAUCGCAAUGCCAAGUUAUUCAACAAUGUGGGCCAUGCCCUGGAGAAUGAGUCCCGGUUUACCGAAGCUUUAUUGUAUUUCCAGCAGGCGGUGCAUAUACAACCGGAUGAUAUAGGAGCUCAUAUAAAUGUAGGACGCACAUACAACAAUCUCAAAAUGUACGAUGAGGCCGAAAAGGCCUAUCUGAAGGCUAAGUCUUUGUUUCCGCGCAUAAAACCCGGCGAAAGCUAUCAAGCCCGCAUAGCUCCCAAUCAUUUGAAUGUCUUCAUCAACCUGGCCAACUUAAUAGCCCGCAAUCAGACACGCUUGGAGGAGGCGGAUUUCCUGUAUCGUCAAGCCAUCAGCAUGCGAGCCGAUUAUGUGCAGGCCUAUAUAAAUCGAGGCGACAUCCUGAUGAAACUCAAUCGCACCCUGCAGGCCCAGGAAGUCUAUGAGAAGGCCCUUUUGUAUGAUAGUGACAAUGCAGAUAUAUAUUACAAUUUGGGUGUGGUGUUUCUGGAGCAGGGCAAAAGUGCCCAAGCCAAUGUCUACUUCAACAAAGCUCUUGAACUUUAUCCUGAACAUGAGCAGGCCUUAUUGAAUUCCGCCAUAUUGCUGCAAGAGAUGGGAGGCGCUGAGGCCAGACAAAUGUCUCGCGAACGCUUGCACAAGGUUUUAGACAAAAGCGGCGAUAAUGAGAAGGUCUUCUUCAAUCUGGGCAUGCUGGCUAUGGAUGAGUUGGAUUUUGAGGCUGCUGAGCAAUUUUUCAAACGUGCCAUACAUCUCAAAUCGGACUUUAGAAGUGCUCUCUUCAAUUUGGCCUUGCUUUUGGCCGAUGCCAAUCGUCCCCUGGAUGCUGUACCAUUCCUCAAUCAACUGAUACGUUAUCAUCCCGAUCACAUUAAGGGUCUCAUCCUGCUGGGAGAUAUUUACAUAAACCACAUGAAGGACUUGGAUGCCGCAGAAGCCUGCUAUCGUUCCAUAUUAAGAUUGGAGCCGCACAACAUACAAGGACUACACAAUUUGUGUGUGGUCUAUGUGGAGCGAAAGCACAUGGCUAGGGCUCAAAAGUGUUUGCGCUAUGCCCAUCAUUUGGCUCCGGGAGAAGACUAUAUACUGCGUCACUUGCAAAUAGUGGAGCAGAGAAUGCAGAAAAUUAACAAGUUACCUGAUCAAUCACCUGAGAAACAACUUGCCUUGGCUGAUUUCAAUCCAAAAGAAUUUCCCCUGCCUACAAUUGCAACAUCAACAACAACUACAUCAUCAUCAUCAACAACAACAGCAACUCAGAGUCAAACUCCAAAUAAUGUAGGCCCUCAAGAACAUAGAAAAUCGAAACCAUCAUCUUCAUCUUCAACCACCAAAUCAACAUCAUCAUCAUCGAAUACUGGAGCAUCUUCCAAAGCUGCCGUACAUCAUACAUAGCAUUCAUACUAGACUUAAGGAUAUUUAGCAUCAGAAUCUUAACGUUAAGACCAGCAUUAUCAUCCUUGGCUGCAAGCUAGAGAGCCUAGCUAAGCAUAGCCCAGUUUCUUCAUUUCUUUAUUAUGUUUUGAUGGAUUAGACACUGUAAAAACUUCGAAAUCGAAACAAUUGUAUAAAGGCUGUGGGUAAGUGUGUUGAAAUUUUGUUUUCUGUUCUGUUUGCUACAUGAGAAAAUCAUGGCUAGGGUCUACACAUACAUUUCUUUGUCUAUGAGGAACAUGUAGUUUAAGUUUUGUAUUGUUAUGGAUUUUUUAUUUUUUGAAAAAGUGCUUUAAGGAAAUGUUAUAUAGGAUUGACUUGAUAGGUUUUAGAAAGGUUUUUUUUUAAGUUUUCUGGAAUUGAUUUAAAUUUGAAAU